CCACUUCCUCUUUUGGACUUCCUCAUCAUCAUAAUCAGCGUCACAUUGAUAAAGAUCCACUCUUACUGUCAGAGGGCAAACUAACCAACAGACCCAAAGACCCAGAAACCUGGAAACCCGGAGACCCGGAGACCCAGAGACCCAGAGAUCAGCAGACAAUGGACAUCAGGCAUCCCCGAACAAACUGAGAAAUCCAGAAAAGCCUGAAGUAUCUGUGACAGCUCCAAUAAGAAAAGUGCUUCUAUCACACUCUGGAGGUUUCUGAGCAUCCUCGUCAUGCAGACCAUUAAGUGUGUGGUUGUGGGUGAUGGCGCCGUGGGCAAGACCUGCCUCCUUAUCUCCUACACCACCGGGGCCUUUCCCAAAGAGUACAUUCCUACUGUUUUUGACAACUACAGCAGCCAGGUGACUGUGGAUGGCAGGGUCAUCAGCCUAAACCUGUGGGACACGGCGGGACAGGAGGAGUACGACCGGCUCAGGACACUGUCCUACCCGCAGACCAAUGUCUUCAUCAUCUGCUUCUCCAUCUCAAGCCCCGCCUCCUUUGAGAACGUCAGACACAAGUGGCACCCAGAGGUGACCCACCACUGUCCCGGCGUUCCCAUCCUCCUGGUUGGCACAAAGAGCGACCUCCGGAGCAACGAGGAGAUUCAGCGGAAGCUGAAGGAGCAGAAUCAGGCCCCCAUCAGCAUCCAGCAAGGCACUGCCCUGGCCCGCCAGAUCCAGGCCGUCAAAUACCUGGAGUGUUCAGCCCUGAACCAGGAGGGCAUCAAGGACGUGUUUGCUGAGGCUGUGAGGGCCUUCCUCAACCCACAGCCCGCCACUAGCAAGAAGCCAUGCAUCCUGCUGUAAAACUGGAGGCUACGACCUGAUUCAGCCCGCCCGAGACGACCCAGAACCUUUUAUCACCUAUUUUUUUUUUAUCAGAUAUAAAAAUAUGAUUUAAUUCAAACUGGACUGAGCAUGUGCAGAAUGUUUUCACCCGCAAACUAACCCUCAGACAUAAACACAUUCAGAUCAACUGAAGCUGUUUUCUAUUAAACUGAUUUUGUUGUUCUGGAAAUGUUUCACUUGUUUCUGAAUCUUCCCUUUUCCACUUCAGAGAAGCCUCGGUCAUCCUGUCAGCAGAAACCGGCCAGUUAAUCAGCUCCUCACUUCCACCUAAAACUCUGAUGUUCGUCGCAACGUCCAUAAAAGCAGCCGCUGCGCUAUGACCUUCGCUUUACUACAGCAGCUCAACAGGAAGUAGCUCUGACAGAGUCCCAUACCAAUGUGAGACAAAACAGGAAGUUAAAGACAGCUGAUGUUAACACUGCCGAUCCUCCUAAAACAAGUCAAACUAAUUCAACAGCGUUUGCUCAGCCUUUAACCCAGAAAAAUAACCGAUGAGGGAAACUGUUCGAUGAGCAGGGCUGGCUCAGUUUGAUAAGCACAAAGAUGAAAAACUCUUUGCAUGGACAGCAAAAAUCUGAUUUCCGGAAUAACUGAAUGACUUCAGUCAUCAUGUAGACUGCAUAAUCUGAUUAUGAGAAAUCAUAUUAACACACUCAGAUUUUUCUGAUGUCUUCAAGCAUAAUUACCCGGUUUAGUUGUUUUACAUCUGAGCAAAAAACUGCGUCUCCUUUAGAAAGUCAGAAGUGACAUCGUCGCAACAGUAGAAAAACAGGAUGAAGUCCAGCAGCAAGAAGUAGUAGUAGCUUAUUAACUCCCACAUUACCAGCUAACAUUACAACCACGGCCAUCUUCAUCAUCAUCACUAGUGUUAAUUUUAUCAGCCAUUUUUAAAUUUAGUCUCAGUUUUGGUCCAGUUUCAAUCGUGCAUAUUAGUAUUUAUCACAUUUAGUCAACCUCAUCCUGUUUUUAUUUAGUCAAGGUUUAGUCGACUAUAGGUAGAGUAUUUUCAACUUUAUUUUAGGCCAAGAAAACAUCAAUUUAUUUAUCUACUUUUAGUCAACAAAAACUGUUAACAUUUUAGUCUAGUUUUAGUCAGGACAAUCAUUUUACCCUUUAUCUUUUUGUAU